GCGGGAAAUAAAAACAACGAAGAAGAAAAACCGGAUGUUUUUAAAUUUAGCAGGCUUUAAGAAUUCCGGGGGAAAAUGCCUAAUAGUCCCAAAAAGAGAAAACGAAGUGAGUUGUCUUCGUCUUCAAGGGAAAAAGAAGAUGAGAAGAAGGAAUCAAGGUUUGCAGAUGGCUCUUGCAGAAGAAAAAGACACAAGAGAACAGAAAAUUUAAAGAGUCCGACAAGAACAACAAAGGACCAAAAGAAGUAUGUUAAAAAAGAUUUAAACAGCCACCGCCACACCCAAAAGCCAACCCGCAGACUGCCAAAAACACCAGCAGAGGAGAAGAAAGCUACUAAUAGGGAAAAACAACAUAGAAGCACCAGGAGUGUUUCUGUGCAUCUUCAUGAAAAAAGCUGCCACAAAACAGAAAAAAAACAUAUUGCUAGUAAACAUAAAACCACCAGCAAAUCUAAGACUAUGGAAAAGGAACACUUAAAACCUUCAAGUACCAGAGAUGCAGCUUCUAAGGCCAAAAAGAUGUUAGCAGCGAGUACAUAUAAAAUACACUCUCCAAGUUCCUCUGUCACGCUAGAAAAGCUUCAAAUGUCUCCCAGCUCAGGGACUGCUGUACAGGAAGCUCAAAAGCAUAAAGGACGAAUGAGGCAUGUUGCAGCUGAGGAACCUUCAAGAACUCGACAUGAUAACAGCUCUAGAAAUACUAAAAAACCUGCCCCCUCUUCCUUUAAGUAUUCCCUAAAGCAGGAAAGCAUGGAGAAAAUAAAAAAUGGCUGCAAAAGUCCUCACCCCAAAGAUUUACCAGCUAAAUGGAGCUUGUUUACAGAUGCAAAAGAUUCAUCUUUCUCUGACAAAAAGCAGUCUUCCUCUUCAGCCAAGCACUGUACUUCAGAAAGUAGUUCAAAGGUGUGGAAAGAAGUCCCCGUGUUGUCUAAGCCGGCGCAGCCAUCAUCUACUCAGAAGCAAAAACUUUCUCAAAAAUUUGUGCCUUUUUAUUUUAGGAUACCAAAAAAGCCUCAGCCAAUAUCAGCUCAGAGCACAGAUGGAAAUGAUAAUUAUAUUUCUGCAAAGAUAAAUCACGGGAACUUAUAUGAAAAGAAACUUCCAGAGUCUGAGAUUUUGAAGAAGAAUCUUGAGGUUGAAACUGUUCAGCCUUAUAGCUGUUUGGAGGGUUCCUUUAAUUCUUCAUAUGAACGACAAGAUAAGGAGUCACCCUCGUCUGUGAAGGCCCUUCCUUCAGGUGAUAUAAAUGUUCAGCAAUGUUACAAUAAGGAGCAGGUGGUUGAAGAGCUUCAUUUCAAUCGCUCUGAGACGAGACUGGAGGUAAAUGUUAUGCAGAGCUGCGGUGACCUCACCUGUAUGGACACAGAUUGUUCAGAAGAAAGACCAGCAGACACCAUUUGCCAACAGCCCCACCAGCAAGAUCUUAUCGUUGUUCUUGACACAAAUAUUCUUCUCAGUCACCUGGAUUACGUGAAAAAGAUCAAAUCUUGUGGCCUGGGAGUCUUGGGCUUUCCUGUCGUCCUGAUCCCCUGGGUGGUGCUUCAAGAAUUGGAUUCCUUAAAAAAGGGGAAAGGCCAGAUAGGCUCUGUGACCCACCUCGCAGUUCCUGCCAUCUCCUACAUCUACACAGCUUUGAAGAACGGGGACCUUCACCUGUGGGGGCAGUCCAUGCAGCAGGCUGCUGUGAGCUGCAAAGAUUUAAGAACUGAGAAUAACGAUGACAGAGUGCUGCAGUGCUGCCUGCAAUACCAGAUUAUGUACCCAGGGCGUGCUCUUAUCUUAUGCACUAAUGAUAAAAAUCUAUGCAGCAAAGCCCACCUGAGCGGUGUGAGGGCGCUCUGUAAGAGUGAUUUGGAGGCAGAGGUCAAGAAGGCCAGACAUGGCCAUUCUAUCCUGCAGAACUUCCAGCCUCCAGUCCUGCCUCAGAUCUGCCCUGAGGCCUCGUCACCAGUAUUGGGCACGAGUUGCACUACAGUCCAGUCACGCAGUCAGGAGAGAGAUUGUCCCUUUGUAGUCGUUCCAGACAAAGAUAACAAGUGGCUCAGUGAAACGUACCACAAAGAGACAAAACAGGAACUUACCAUAAUUCUUUCUGAGCUAGAGGAAUGUCUGCAGGAGGUGCUGUCUGAUGUCUUAGAGGUGGAGAUGAAGGCUGCUUAUGACAACUUGUGGCUCGAGAUAGUUUAUUUAAAACCACCCUGGACUCUUCAAGAUGUUUUGAAGUGUAUGAGAAAGCACUGGAUCGCUGUCUUUGGACAGAUUGCCCCGCGGUGGAUGUGUGAUACUGUUUCCAACCUCAUCGCAUUCUUUAGCUCAGGUGUAGCUGUGCACAGUUUGGCAACCUCAGAGGCCCUCCAGGAAGCAAAAGAGCUUGUAAAAGCAUUUAGGAAAAGCUCGAAGCAUGUUCCCCGAGCCAUCACUGUACUGAAUAACAUUUACAAUAAGCUACACUCUCAGCACACGGUGGCUGCGGAGGAAGAAUCUUUUGUCUGUGAUGUAAUUAUGAAAGAUGAGGAGGAGGAGGACAAACCACUAAUAUCUAAUCAGGUCUCUCCCCAAGAAGUGUGGGCCAUGUUUGAGAAAAUCUGGUCUAAUCUGAUCCAAAAAAGAUCAGACGUGUUCAGAGCACUCGGCUUUGACACCAUGCUGAUGGUUACACCGAUGGGAGGUCCUGUACCGCCGCAGGACACUUUAGCCUGUUUUCACAAUCUGUCCUCUGUGGUCUCACAGCUGCUCCAAGCAUUCAGCAGUGUCUUGUCCUCGACCCCUGGUUCAGAAGAAGCCCAAAUGCUGCUCACUGUCAUCUGUUCCAAUAAGCUUGUUAAUGAAGAGCCCAGACUAACAGCCAAAGAUCUUAUUGAUUGCUUCUCUCAACCAGACUAUAGGGAGAAGCUCCGAGUUGGAGGGAACCAGCUGUUGGAGUUCAAAGGGACCUUGGAUCGUUGCGCUCAGGCCACAGGUCAACACACCUGCUUCACCACGUAGUGCCGUUCAAACCCGGCUCAGACUGACCGCACAUCGACCGACCAGACACCUGAAAUAAACCAAGUCUUUUGCUUGAAGUGAAACUCAAGUCUGUUCUGGAUCACGUUCCAUAAACACAUUUUUACG